CCCAUGACCCUCGGCUCCCCCACGUCUCCCAAGCCGGGCGCCGGCGCUCAGUUUCUCCCGGGCUUUCUCAUGGGUGAUUUGCCCGCCCCGGUGACUCCGCAGCCCCGGGCCGCCGGGGGCCCCGCCGUGGGCGUCAUGGAAAUGAGGUCUCCUCUGCUUGCAGGUGGCUCUCCCCCUCAGCCAGUAGUCCCUACACACAAAGACAAAAGCGGAGCUCCGCCGGUUAGAAGCAUCUACGACGAGUUGUCCAGUCCUGGGCUUGGACCCUCACCUCUGACCGCAAGACCAUCCAGCUUCUCUGUAACGCAGAGCCCAUUGGUUGGAACUAUGCCCUCAACUCCUGGAGCAGCCUCAAGUGUAUUCAGUCCUGCAAGUAUUGGACAGCCUAGAAAGACUACUCUGUCUCCUGCUCAGCUGGAUCCUUUUUAUACUCAGGGUGAUUCCCUAACCUCGGAAGAUCAGCUUGAUGACACAUGGGUAACUGUAUUUGGAUUUCCUCAAGCCUCAGCUUCAUAUAUUCUCCUCCAGUUUGCUCAGUAUGGAAACAUAUUAAAGCAUGUGAUGUCCAACGCAGGAAAUUGGAUGCACAUUCGAUAUCAGUCUAAGCUUCAAGCCCGGAAAGCCUUAAGCAAAGAUGGAAGAAUUUUUGGUGAAUCUAUUAUGAUUGGUGUUAAGCCUUGUAUAGACAAAAGUGUGAUGGAAAACUUCGAAAGAAACUCUACAACCUCAAUGUCUUCAGUCUUUACUCCACCUGCGAAGUCCUUAGGCUCACCACUACAACCUGCAAAUACUACAAGAAUUUCUACAAUGAGACCUCUUGCAACAGCAUAUAAAGCUUCCUCUAGUGACUACCAGGUGGUUUCUGACAGACAGACUCCUAGGAAAGAUGAGAGCAUUGUAUCCAAAGCAAUGGAGUAUGUGUUUGGCUGGUAAUGAACAAGAGCAAGUAACUCGUUAGGCACGGUUAGCGUUGGAGAUCUGCUACCAGCAUCGUUGGUUAGUUGUAUAACCUCUGAUGGCAGCACUUUGAACUUCCAUCUCACCUGUUUUGCCUUCUCUGGAUUCAGCAGACAUGUAGCUUGCACUUUAAAUGAUGGCAAUGUGCACAUGGUUUUAAAAAUAUAAUCAGUGUAAAUUAAGUGCUGCUUUUCCUGUUUGCGCUGUGAUUGCAUGACUAAAGAAACAUCAGCACUGACUUCUUUCCUGUGAUUACUUUUUGUGAAUUACUUCCCAGUAAGUCGGAAAUGUUUAAAAUGGCAGCUUUAUAUACUGAUGCC